AUGGACCUUGUUGGAUUUGCUCAUCUAAGAAUUCCUCAAAAAAUAGUUUCUAAUCAGAAACCACUGAGAACAUAUUUCAAAACGACAGUACCUAUUGCUGAAGAUUUUAAGAGCACUUCGAGUUUUCAAGAAGAUUCGUUUUCUCGGCUUUAUGUCUCAGUUAACGUUCCGCCUUGCUCUUUUCACUCGCAGUUGACUAUUGACGCCAUGAAAUCCAACCUUCUAGUAGCACUGCCAAAAGCUAUGGACCCGCUUUUUAUUGGGUUUACUCUUGCUUUCAAUUUUAGAAGAUGGUUUCCAGCAAAGAAAAUAGUAUUUAUUGCUGCAUCUCUCGAUAAGGCAGUCAGGAUGAAAAGUGAUUUUGUUGUUCGUACAGGUUACCCGGAAACCGAAGUAUGCGUUUAUGGAAGUAAAAGAAAAUUUCAAAGGCGCUAUGAAUGGGAAAGACAUUCUGUUAUUUUUGCUACUGCUGAGACCUUGUUAGCAGAUAUGAAAGAUUCAUUUGGAUGUGAAGUUGGCUUAUUAAUAGUUGAGGAAGCGGAACGUGCUGCAAACGGCUCAAAUUCUGUUUGCAUGCUUACCCGAAAUCUGCUUCUUGCAAAGGCAGCCUACCGCAUACUUGCACUAACUGAAAGCCACCUGAACAAGAUUGCAGUGCUACAAGCUGUCGUUAUGAACUUACAAAUUGGGUGCAUUCGUUCAUCUGGUCAUUUGAGACAAGAUAUAUCAUCAUUGGUCUCACCACCAUGUUCUGUAAGAAGGAGUAUUCCAGUUACGGAAGAAUUAAAUAGUAUUGCCGCAACUCUAAUCGAAGUUAUGAGGCCUUUUUUGGAAGUCUUGUUUGAUUCAAAAGUCUUACCUACGAGAGACCACCAGAAAAUUGUAAAUUUUUCGCGAAAGUUUCUUUAUUCUAAAAUUGGUGAAAAUGACCAUUUGAGGACAGUUCUUGCUGACCUGGAGAGUUUAUUAGACAUUUACGAUACGCUAAUGUGUGAAGGAAUAACAGCAUUUGCUAUUGAUCUGCGAGAGAAAACUUCAAAACGCGUCAGCGUCCGUCAUAUUGUUGAAGCAAAUGCUUUUCUUAAAACGUCUUUUUUAAUGUCAGAUCCUUUACAAGAAGACUUCAAAUUUCAUAAACUCGACGGAUGUUCUAAGAUUAUUGACGAUAUUCUCUUUAAAUAUGGUCACGAAAAAAGUAUUGUCGUCAUCUUGUGUCGCAGUAGGAAUGCUUCAUGGCUUCAGAAAUUGUCUUCUGUACUCACUGGAAAGUUUAAUGGAAAACCAGUGAGUGUAGUUUGUGGAGAUCCAAGUUGUUCCAGCGUAUGCGCCUUACCGCCUUCCUCGAUGAAAGACAAAAUGUGCAAUUUGAUCAUAACGUCCUGUACUGCUGAAACAUUCACUUUGAGUGUUGGAUACGUUGAUGCCGUCAUAUGCUUUGAUGAGGGUUUAUCUGUUCUUCACUACGUUAACGGUAUCAAUGUCAGCAACGACGGGCAAAUUUACACACUUUUCACUCAUGAUUACGAAGUUAACGUUGAUCGAGUAGAUUCAAUAGAUUAUGGUGUAGAUGCGAUAGAAGGUUCCUUAUUAAAAGCUGUUAACCUAUGCAAGGAUAAUGUAAGGAUUUUUCCCCCUGACUGGCACCCGAAAAUUGAGGAGUAUUGGGCUGAGUUGAGCAGCAUGUCAUUAGGAGGUUCAAAGUUUAUAGAGUAUGCUAUUUACAGUCCUGGUCUUCUUUCAACCUUUGAAGCUAUUGCUGUACGAGAGCGCACAAAAGCACUUGGCGGGCUCAAAGAAGUGUUUCUCAAAUCACAGAACGCAAUGGGGCUUAUCACUUCUCAUGCGGAAGAAAACUUGAUGUGGUUAGACAAACCCCAGACAUCAAAGAAUGUAUCUGCGAGCGAUACCACGCUAAAAAUUGUUGGAGUUGUAGGCGCAGAUGAUGAAACAUUAAGCGCUGAGAGUGAACGGCUCAAAGCAAAACUUCGCGAGAAGAGUUUCUUUGAUUCGGCUUUUGAAGAACUCAGUUUGGAUUCAGUGUUGGUUCAGUCAUUGCCUGAUGUGCCUGCUUCUAAAGCUGGGAACGCUAUUUCCGGUUCGCAGUGUAAUGUGAUAAGCAAUUUAGCCGCGCCGCCAGUCAAACGAAUUAAAUCAGCUAGUAUUUCCUCCUUUUUGACCAAAACCUCUAAGCCAACAAGGGAUUGUUAUUUUGAUCCAUUAGAACACUCUUCAGCGGUAUGUGAGAGGGCGAGUCAGAUGAAGAAAAUAAUCGUCCAUUUGAAGAAAGUUAUUUACUUGAGCAGCUCCUUAAAUUCUCCCCCAACUGUGAAGUAA